GCGACUAUCUAUCGUUGUCUUCCUAUUGCUCCUUCUGCGCAGUGGUUACGAUGCGUUCCAAGGGAUCAAUAUUAUUGGUGUUGCUGUCCCUCGGCCAGUUGGGUGUGUAGUUGAAACUGCCUAUUCAGUGGCCAUUGCAUGUCUGUGCCUCAAUUUUUGAGAAUCUUGCGGAGACUCAUACAUUACAACAGUAUAUAUUGCGUCAAUAGCUGCCUCAAUGGCUGCGGAUGCUAUCGUAUUCAUUGUCACCUGGCGCCGCACUUACCAUGUGGCACGACUUGCCCGCGAGGCGGACAUCGAGGUGUCUCUCAGCUCACUGUUGUUGAGAGAUGGAACAGUAUACUUUGCGUUACUCUGCAUCGUGAACUGCAUCACCCUUAUUACAGAUAUGAAGAUGAAUAAGAAUGGCAUCAAUUCCUAUAUUACUAUCACAAUAUCGGCCAUCUUAGUCUUGCACAUGCUCCUCAACCUGCGAGAAGCGAGCCUUCGCACUGAUGGCAUGUCAACGUCUUCCGACCUCGGCGGAUCCCAUUCAGCGACCAUGCCUGACAUAGACUUCGCGCGGGGCGUCGAUGCAUUCGGGGCAAGCUGGAAUGAUGCUGAAGAUGCGGACAUCGACGAAGGCUAUCUCGAGGAUGACGGUGGGCCGGAGGUUGAUGUGACGGGUAGCGAGACGGCGGAAAUCGGAUCGGCUGAAGCGUAGGACACUACAUCUGCCCUUGGUGCAGUGUCUCGCGAGCGGAUUUGCUGGCCUGCGCACGAUGGCACCGGGAGUCUCAUGAAUAUGUUUUGUCGUGCUUGGCAGCUGCUCCCGUUUUUAUAGUUACUUUCCGAAGUCCGGUUUCCGUUCUUUGACUGGUGAUAUACGGACGAUCGCUCGUGUAUUCAUUUAUGUAUAGCCUAUUCGAGCUGCUAGCAGCUCCCAUCCUCGCCACAUUUUUUGUCUACAGGACAUC